CAAAGACUUGUAUCUCGUUCUUUUUCCCCUUCGGAGCAACUUAGUUCGAGCAUUUUGAGUUCCUAUGCAGGUCUUGUCCCAGGACAUGAGCAGCGCCGAUACCGGCGCUGCGAUCACGACCGCGGGUUAUACAGCUCAACGAAUGCCAAUUGAGGCAGAGAGCAUCAAUGAUGCCGAACGCAUCAUCGACAAGUCGCAUCUCAAGCCAACCGCGCCUAUCGCGAUUCUUCCUCUAGAGAUCAUUGUUGAGAUAUUCACCCAUUGCGCCAGGCUUUACUGCGGUUCGUUAUCAGGGCCAUACAAAUGGAUCGUGAUCACGCAUGUCUGCGCCCAAUGGCGCGCUAUUGCGUUGGCAUGCCCUAAACUCUGGUGUAACAUUUUUGUGGCAAGGAGGCAGGAUUGGCUCGUCGAGCUGCUCCGGCGGUCGAAGCAGAUGCCGUUGACCGUAACCGCUGACUUUGCAUCCCGGGCCUGGAAAGAAGUUGGACGGAAGCAAAUCACAUUUGAGAUGGUGGCCAAAGAGAUGGCACGCAUCAAGAGCCUGAACAUACAUGCUUCACGACCGAUCGCACGUAGCCUGCUGAAGACGCUGAAUGGGCCGAUGCCUCUUCUCCAGACACUGGUAAUCUGCGGUCCAGAGUGGCUCCUCGACCGAUCGCGCGUUCAAAUACCCACAGGCACGUCACUGCCAAUUUUACUUCAUUCUGGCCACAGCACUGGCUUGCAACGGCUCGACAUCCGGUUCUACCCUAUCCGUUGGAAAUCCCUCGUCUCUCUGUCGUUGAAGCACCUAACGGUCAGGAGCAUCGGAGAGGCCGCCCAAACAAGCCUCAGCGAUGUUCUCAAAGCAGCUGAGAGUAUGCCUUUGCUCGAGACGUUGGACCUUGAGGACGUCAUAGUUCCAGAUUCAGCGACAUUCACUGCUCCGAACAGAACCGCAGUUCUGCCGCUCUUGCGGAGCCUCCGCCUAGUCGCAGAUUUCCGCGACUGUACUUACAUCCUCUACAAGCUCUCGUUUCCUAACCUGAAUGCUCUCACUCUUUGCUCCUUGUUCCCCUCUUUAGAGGCUCUGCGCGAUCUUGCGACAUGCCUAAUCGCUCGCCUACCAUUCACGGCUGAAUUGUCUGAAUUCAGCAUACACGGCAGUGGUUUCGAUGCGGCCUCACCUGGCAGAUCCCUUGAUUCUUCUCAUGGCAUGGGCGGAGUCACCCAAAACAUUGAGGUCAAGAGAAUUCAGAUCACAUCCAGAACGGAAAUGUUCACCGCGCGAAGUUUCACAGAUCUCUGCGAGGUCUUCCCGGUGAAACAAGUGACCACUCUAAAUGUGGACGAUGCCGUGUAUAACGGAUCGAACGAUUGGCUCCGUGUCCUCCCUCUCAUGAAGAAAGUCAAACAUAUGCGAGUAUCGGGCACCUUAGGAGCGGAAACUAUGCUUCACAUGCUCAUGCCUCGCCCUCGUACGAAUCCGACAGUACGAAAGCCAAAAUGCUGCUUCCGCAGACUGCGUACCUUGUCGCUUGGUGGCGUCCUGCUCAGAGAGUCUAUCUAUAAGGAGGGAAUCUCGGAUGACCUUGUGGAGCUCCUGCGAGACUGCUUAAUGCAGCGGUAUGAAAGUGGUGCGAAGAUCAGUGAUGUGCACUUGAUACGGUGUAUCAAUGUUAGGCAAGCCGAAGUCGAUCUCCUCCGCGAGAUUGCAGUGUCUGUUUUCUGGGAUGGCAUAGUGAUCGUGCAUGGUGGUGAGGAGGAUGACUCGGAAGAUGACAGUGAUCUUUGACGAUGACGGCGGACACGGUUGUCUGAACGGUCAGUCAUGCUCUCCUUUAUCCAUAGGCUCUUCAGAGAAUCUAUUCGCAGUUGGUGAGUCUCGAUGAUGCCAUGCAAUUGUACUUUUAGUAAAGUAUCGCUCCGUGGGACGGAACUCGUGAAAUUAUGUAUAGUUAGGCGAUGCAUGUUUUAGUGGCUGUUGUGUAUGUAUACCAUACAACUCUGU